AUGGCGACUCUCGAACGAGUUGAACAAGAGUUAGAAGACGCGAAGAAAAGGUUUUAUAUUGUUAAAGAGAGGUUGGAUAGACUGGAGGAACUGAGGAGUGGAACGGCACAGCCUAGGUGGAAUGGCGAGCAGGCGAACUUGGAGAGGAAAGAAGAGAGUCUGGAGGCGGAGAAAAAGCAAUCUACGAAGCGGGCUUAUGAUCAAGCAGAUCUAGUCGAUAAUAGUUAUUUGAUCUGUAAUGGUCUCUUACAAAAAUUCGAAACAAUCCCAACUCAAGUGAACGAUCUUCAAUCCCUUAUUAAUGUACCGCUGCUUCGAAAAUUAACCGUAACCUCUGACGAAGAAAUAAUGUAUCCUGAGCUAAGUGAUUAUGUAUGUACAAGGGAAGAAGAACGUCGAAGUACUAUAGCAAAGAAUAUCAGCAGCGCAUUAGCCAGUUCAAUUGAUAGGGAAUUUUCAGGCAAUAAAUCGGAAAGUAUGCUGCACUAUCCCCUGGAUUCUAUGAUUAGAGUUCCGCUUGAGACUUUUUGUAGAUUUCUUGGUAACGUUCUACCCAUUGAAAUUGAUCGGGACAAGGCAGAUUCAGGAACAACAACGAUUGGCACUAAAAGGCCCGAUUUUCUUU